CAUCAAUAACCCAUAAAAUAAAAAAUCCAUUAAUCACCAUGGCAAGGUCAUUUGGUGUUGUUGUCCUCUUUGUCUCAGUUUUGUGCUUCUCCUCUGCAUUGGCUCGCAAAACACCUGAAAAAUUCUUCGUUGAAGGCAAGAUUUAUUGUGAUCCUUGCCACUUUGCAUUUGAGUCUAGACUCAGCUUCCCCUUGUCAGGUGUGAAUGUGACUCUGGAAUGCAUCAACGAACAAAAUAACACAGUGAGUUAUACAAAGGAAAGCAGAACUGAUGCAAAUGGGUUGUACAGCAUCCCUGUCCAUGGUGAUCAUGAGGAUGACAUCUGUGUGGUAGUUGCAGACUCACCAAAUGAGGGAGAAUGCAAAGAGGUAAUGCCAAACAAGUCCGAUAGGAUCAUCCUCACCAACAACAUGGGUGCUGCCUCUAGGGCACGCUACGUCAACCCCCUUGGUUUCAUGACACAGACAAUUGAUUCCCAAUGCAACGUCGUUGUUCACGAAUUAGGACUCGACAACCUUGAUGACUAAGUGGAAUAGAAAUGUUCAUUAAACUCCACCCAAAAGACAAAAUUUAUCAUUGGAUCAAUUGUCUUGUAUCAUUUUAAUUAACCAUUAUCCAUGAUGUUUGUUGUUUGCAAACACAAUAUUAAUGAAAUAAAUCGUAUUUGGAGUUUGGUA